AUGCGUCUCAACUACGUCAGCGAUCCUUCGUCCCUAGCGGAUCCCGAGGAGAAGGAGAUCGCGGAGCGGAUUAAGGCCCGGCGGCCCGGGAACCGGCUGCUGGAUCUGGAUCGGGCGUUGCUGAUUGCGCCGCACAUGGCGGACGGAUGGAACUCUUUCCUCGGCGUCGUUCGCAGCGACACGAAGAACUCUCUCCCAACCAGCAUUCGCCAAGUCGCCAUCGCACGCACGGUGGCCCUGAACCGCGCGUGGUUCGCGUGGACCGCGCACCACGACCUUCUCCUCGGUUCGACCGACACCAAGAUCUCGACGCCGGCCAUCGACUACCUCCUGUCGGCCGAGCCCAAGUCCGCGCACACCACCCCGCCCAGUGGCAGCGGCUUCACCGAGAAACACAUGGCGGUGAUCGCCUAUGUGGACUAUAUGACGAAGGAUCUCAUGGUACCCGACGCCGUGUUUGAGAGACUUCGCAACCAAGGCUUCAGCGAUAGGGAGAUUGUGGAGAUCACGCUGUGUAGCUCCGCGUAUAACUGUACCACGAGAUUUCUGUGGGCACUCAACGUCGGCGAGGGCAUUGAGUAUGGGCAUAUGGCACCCUUGCCGGCCGAUCCCCAGCGAAGGGGAACCUUGUAA